CGCUUUUUGUUUAAUGACAAAUCGGGUCCACAAGCAGCAUCCGCCAUAUUACAAAACAAAUAUGGUGAUAGAGUAGUGGACGUGCGUGCAUGUGUGAGUGCGAACUGUAUAAACUGUGUCAAGCAGUAAGCGCUAUCUUAUCUUGCCGCGAAAUUAUCGAUUUUACACCGUUGCAACCGAACAGAAUUAUGAUGGCCCAGCCCACUACAACAAUAGAAACUGUCACAAUUAAAAGGCCAUUAAAGGUCAUAGCUUUUAUAUGCGGACUAAUAGUAAUAAUAUUGAUGAUAAUGGGGCUGGCCUCUACAGACUGGCUAAUGGCAGCCGGCUGGAGACAGGGGCUUUUCAUGCACUGCAUUGAAGAAGAUGCCCCACAGCCCCUUCCAUUCAACACCCAGGACGGCCCUGGAUGCUACCAGUCCAGAGAUGCAGCUUACAUCAAGGCAGCUGCGGCUCUAUGCGUUGUUACCCUCCUAACAGAUCUAGUAGCUACAGUUUUGACAGGUCUAGGCCUUAGAACAAAAGAACAUCACACCAAAUACAAGUACUACAGGUUUGCCGUCAUAGUGAUGGGUCUUGCACUGGCUGCAAUACUCAUCGCCCUUAUCAUUUACCCCGUCUGUUUUGCCGCAGAACUUAAUUUAGGCAACCGGACGAUAUGGGAGUUCGGCUGGGCGUACGGGGUGGGCUGGGGCGCCGCCAUCUUCCUCUUCGGCGGCGUCAUCCUGCUGAUGUGCGACAAGGAGAGCGAGGAGAUCUACUACAAGGAGAGGAAGAUCGUGCACGACAACGAUUCGCGCGCCUAGUGGCCGCAUAGUCUGCCCGACGUCGUGCUCUGAUGACCCCAGCGCCCUCUUUCGAUCGAAGGAAGGCGGCAGGGCUCCACUCGAGCGUGACGUAACCGCUCUCAGGCUCUGCGUGCUGACGGAUGAACGUUUUGUGUGAAUGGACAAAUGCCUGUUGUUAUUUAAGUUGGUUUUUUUUCAUUUUAAGGGCCGAAAUAAAAUAUACACGGGUAAGUACAGAUUUUAUCCAAACAUUUGACACUACUCACAAGCCAUAACUACUGCGUAUAUUUUGUUUUUCAGCCCCUAAACUUAGUGGAAAAGAUUGAGCAAGUCAAGAAAAGACGA